AUUAUUUGGUUACAAGGCGCAAGACCCUGCAAAAUAUAUCAAACAAUUACACUGUGUAGUAAAUGUGUAUCCGAUCCAUGCAACGCAAUGGCGGACUCCAUUUGUGAGAGGACAAUCGCCCUCUGGAGGAAGACAACUUUGUGCUCCAUAGGGAACAAGUAGCGGCUUUGUUGUGGCAAAUAGCCUUGAACUGGGCACAUUGUUUAGUUUGUUUGCAGGGGAAUGAUUUCAGCGAUACCAGCUUUAGUUAAUGCGGAACGACUGACUGACUCUCGCAUGUUUAUAUGGACUUAUAAAGAAGAAAUGUUCCCAUCAAGAGCUGAAAAUUCUGGCAAAUGUCACAGCCAACCAUUAUUUGGAUUAUUUGCAUCCUCAGAGGCAUUUGAGAGUAAUGGCACUGCUAGAUAUGGUACCUUUGAAUCUCUUGGACUUGGGACCUUGAGCGCUGAAGAUGCAGUUACAGAUUAUGAAAAUUCUUUCAGAGGGUACGGUGACAGCUAUUCAGACACCUGGGCAGCAGAUUGGGACAGACCCUGCCUCUUGGGAUCCCAGAGAUCCAGGUCUCCGUUUUCAGACAGCAGCAGAGAAAGUCAGUACUCUACCUCCAAUCUUUCAGAUUCCUCCAGCCUGUACUCUCCCUCACAUUCAAGGCCAGCGCCUAUUGGCACACGGGGAAGAGACAUGCACACAUACAUGCAAAGAAACUAUUGUGGAAGAGGUGCUGUUGUAUCUGAGGACAGACCAAAAGCUGUAGAAUGCCCAGCUCAAAGUCCCGCUCUUCGCAUAAACAGACUUCUCAACUACUCAAACUCCUCUGCUCCAGUGUUUCGAGGGACCAAAAGGAAGAUGAUGGAACCAGUACCUCCGUGCAAGUUGAUUAAAAAGAAGAGGAUUGUCAGAGUAGUUCCUUGCUUAAGCAGGAGUGUGGGACCAGACAUUUUAAAGGACAUUUGUAAUUCUCCAGAUAACCAGGAGAUAGACGAGGAAGGUGUGUGUGGUAAGAAAGUUCGAGCCAGAGAAAAACGCAGAAGACGACGAGAGAAGAAUCAUGAAAAAUAUGGUGAAAAGCACAGGUGGGCUUUUACUUGUGCUUUCUGUAAAUUCCACACGUUUGAAGACAAAGACAUCGAGAAACACUUUGGAAGCACAUAUCACAAGGAAAUUCUUGACUACAUACGACGGCAAGCUAAAUUUGAUGACAAUGUCAUCAGUUUUUUGCAUGAUUGCAUGGUUCACAAAUUUCGUAAAACGGUCUCUACUCUACAUAACCUGAAGUCUACCUGUGGACACAGCAAAGAUGAGUGGGCAAAAAUCAUGGAAGGGGUGACAGAGGAUGAUUACAUGAGAAGAAUGGAGGUGGUUUACUGCAGUGCAUGUGACAUUUACAUUCCUGUGGUUUUCAGCUCUGUACAGCAGCAUCUUUGUUCUCAUACUCACCUCAAGAGCAAAGCGGCUUACAAAGAUCAGCUGAAAAGAGACAGUGUGGUCACAGCCAAAGCCAUUAUCAAUAAUGAUAAUGUGAAAGUGCGCUAUGAGAUGUACAUGAAGGGAGAAGACCCGUUUGCAGCUGAUUCGAAAGACACAGGUUCUGAUUCUCAGGAUCAGGAGAGGUCAGACGCGACUGAGGAUGAUGAGGCAGAAAUAAGUGACUCAUAUUGUUAGACAAAGACUGAAUGGAUAUAAAAAUGGGUCCUUAAAAACGAGAAAAGAGAGAGAGACUCUUUCCAGUUUCUUGUUCUGUAUCCUCAAAUUCACAGGCAUGAAUACAUGUGGUUCAGAUGGCCUAAGUUCAAAAUUCAGUUAAACAUUUAUUAAUGUAGGCUACUUUUUCUUUGUAGGCCUUUUCUAUUUUUAUUGUACUUUUUGUUUAAGUUAUUUUGUGUCUUUGUAGUAUCUUACGCAAGUUUGUCAUUAAAAUGUUUGGCACUGUUCUGAAUUACAUUAAACUUGACAGGAAUAUAUUUGAAUGCAGAUGUUUAUGGGUUACAUUUUUGUUACAUCCUGUAAUAUUUGGGAUUGGAAACUUGCCUUGUCACUGUGUGUUCUAAGAAAAUAUGUGUUGACUAUUAAAUUUUCACAUUACACAG